UGCGGCUCAGCUGAUAAUUGAAGGGACCCGAGGAGCCGCCGCCGCCGCCGCCGCCGCCGCUGGGGGGGGGUGGGGGCAGCGAGUGGAAGUUACAGCCGCGCCACCGAGUCCGGACCGGAGACUUUGGGGCCCAACUAGUGAAUGGUAGUGUCUAGAAAGGGUAUGUCCCUUCAAGAGAGAGGUGCCAAUGUCCAACCGGCCUAAUAACAAUCCAGGGGGGUCACUGCGACGUUCACAGAGGAACACUGCCGGGGCCCAACCGCAAGACGACUCGAUAGGAGGAAGGUCACAUUUAGGGCAGGCAAAACAUAAGGGAUAUAGCCCUCCUGAGAGUAGAAAAUCUAUUUCUAAGGCACCCAAAGUGCAGUCUAAUACUACUUCUGAACUGUCAAGGGGACACCUUUCUAAAAGAAGUUGCAGUUCAUCAUCUGCUGUCAUAGUCCCACAACCAGAGGAUCCAGACAGAGCCAAUACUUCAGAAAGGCAGAAAACGGGGCAGGUGCCUAAGAAAGACAAUUCUCGAGGAGUGAAACGCAGUGCUAGUCCAGACUACAACAGGACCAAUUCUCCUAGCUCUGCAAAAAAACCAAAAGCACUUCAGCAUACUGAAUCUCCCUCAGAAACGAAUAAGCCGCAUAGUAAGUCAAAGAAGAGGCAUUUAGACCAGGAGCAACAGCUGAAAUCUGCACAAUCUCCAUCCACAAGCAAGGCUCACACCAGAAAGAGUGGGGCCGCUGCUGCUUCACGGAGUCAGAAAAGAAAGAGGACAGAGAGUUCUUGUAUAAAGAGUGGUUCUGUGUCAGAGUCAACUGGUGCUGAAGAGAGAUCUGCAAAACCUACCAAGCUGGCUUCAAAAUCGGCCGCCUCAGCCAAAGCUGGGUGUAGCACCAUCACCGAUUCUUCUUCUGCUGCCUCGACUUCCUCCUCCUCUUCUGCUGUAGCCUCGGCCUCCUCUACUGUUCCACCAGGUGCCAGGGUGAAACAAGGAAAAGACCAGAACAAGGCCAGGCGUUCCCGUUCGGCGUCCAGUCCGAGCCCCAGGAGGAGUAGCAGGGAAAAGGAACAGAGUAAAACUGGUGGCUCUUCAAAAUUUGAUUGGGCUGCUCGCUUCAGCCCUAAAGUUAGCCUUCCUAAAACAAAACUGUCUCUUCCAGGGUCUUCUAAGUCAGAGACAUCAAAACCUGGACCUUCUGGAUUGCAGGCCAAAUUAGCAAGUUUAAGAAAAUCUACCAAGAAGCGCAGUGAAUCUCCACCUGCUGAGCUCCCCAGUUUGAGGCGGAGCACACGCCAAAAGACCACGGGCUCCUGUGCUAGUGCCAGUCGGCGAGGCUCUGGCCUGGGCAAAAGAGGAGCAGCUGAAGCUCGUCGACAGGAGAAGAUGGCAGACCCUGAAGGCAACCAGGAGACGGUGAAUUCUUCAGCUGCACGGACAGACGAGACGCCCCAAGGAGCGGCAGCUUCUAGUUCUGUUGCAGGGGCUGUGGGCAUGACCACCUCUGGGGAGAGUGAAUCAGAUGAUUCCGAGAUGGGACGAUUACAAGCUCUCUUAGAGGCCAGGGGUCUCCCUCCUCACCUGUUUGGUCCUCUUGGUCCUCGGAUGUCACAGCUUUUCCACAGAACAAUUGGAAGCGGAGCUAGUUCUAAGGCCCAGCAACUUCUGCAGGGACUUCAAGCAAGUGAUGAAAGUCAGCAACUUCAGGCAGUUAUUGAAAUGUGUCAGUUAUUGGUCAUGGGAAACGAGGAGACACUGGGAGGGUUUCCUGUCAAGAGUGUCGUUCCGGCUUUGAUAACGUUACUGCAAAUGGAGCAUAAUUUUGACAUUAUGAACCAUGCUUGUCGAGCCUUAACAUACAUGAUGGAAGCACUUCCUCGAUCAUCUGCUGUUGUAGUAGAUGCAAUUCCUGUCUUUUUAGAAAAGCUGCAAGUUAUUCAGUGUAUUGAUGUGGCGGAGCAGGCCUUGACGGCCUUGGAAAUGUUGUCACGUAGACACAGUAAAGCCAUUCUACAGGCGGGUGGUUUGGCAGACUGCUUGCUGUAUCUAGAGUUCUUCAGCAUAAAUGCCCAAAGAAACGCGUUAGCAAUUGCAGCCAAUUGCUGCCAGAGUAUCACGCCAGAUGAAUUUCAUUUUGUGGCAGAUUCCCUCCCAUUGCUUACCCAAAGGCUAACCCACCAGGACAAAAAGUCAGUAGAAAGCACUUGCCUUUGUUUUGCACGUCUCGUGGACAACUUCCAACACGAGGAGAAUUUGCUCCAGCAGGUUGCCUCCAAAGAUCUGCUAACAAAUGUUCAACAGCUGUUGGUAGUGACCCCACCAGUUUUAAGUUCUGGGAUGUUUAUAAUGGUGGUCCGCAUGUUCUCCCUGAUGUGCUCCAAUUGCCCAACUUUAGCUGUUCAGCUUAUGAAGCAAAACAUUGCGGAAACCCUUCACUUUCUCCUGUGUGGUGCCUCCAAUGGAAGUUGUCAGGAGCAGAUUGAUCUUGUUCCACGAAGUCCUCAAGAGCUGUAUGAACUGACAUCUCUGAUUUGUGAACUUAUGCCAUGUUUACCAAAAGAAGGCAUUUUUGCAGUUGAUACCAUGCUGAAGAAGGGAAACGCACAGAACACAGACGGUGCGAUAUGGCAGUGGCGUGACGACCGGGGCCUUUGGCAUCCCUAUAACCGGAUUGACAGCCGGAUCAUUGAGGUAGCAGCCCAUCAGGUCGGUGAGGAUGAGAUAAGCUUGUCCACUCUGGGACGAGUUUAUACUAUUGAUUUUAAUUCUAUGCAGCAAAUCAAUGAGGACACGGGAACAGCACGUGCCAUUCAGAGAAAACCUAACCCCUUAGCCAAUACUAACACUAGUGGAUAUUCAGAGUUAAAGAAGGAUGAUGCUCGAGCACAGCUCAUGAAAGAGGAUCCGGAACUGGCUAAGUCUUUUAUUAAGACAUUAUUUGGUGUUCUUUAUGAAGUGUAUAGUUCCUCAGCAGGACCUGCGGUCAGACAUAAGUGCCUUAGAGCAAUUCUUAGGAUAAUUUAUUUCGCGGAUGCCGAACUUCUAAAGGAUGUCCUGAAAAAUCAUGCUGUUUCAAGUCACAUUGCUUCCAUGCUAUCGAGCCAAGACCUGAAGAUAGUCGUUGGAGCUCUUCAGAUGGCAGAGAUAUUAAUGCAGAAGUUACCUGAUAUUUUUAGUGUUUACUUCAGAAGGGAAGGUGUAAUGCAUCAAGUGAAACACUUAGCAGAAUCGGAAUCAUUGUUGACAAGUCCACCAAAGGCGUGUACGAAUGGGUCAGGAUCCUUGGGGUCCACGACGUCGGUCAGCAGUGGAACAGCCACGGCUGCCACUAACGCCACAGCUGACCUGGGGUCCCCCAGCUUGCAGCACAGCAGAGACGAUUCUUUAGAUCUGAGCCCUCAAGGUCGAUUAAGUGAUGUUCUAAAAAGAAAACGACUGCCAAAACGAGGAUCGAGAAGGCCAAAGUAUUCACCUCCAAGAGAUGAUGAUAAAGUAGACAAUCAAGCUAAAAGCCCCACCACGACUCAGUCACCGAAAUCUUCUUUCCUGGCAAGCUUGAAUCCAAAAACGUGGGGUCGGCUAAGCGCGCAGUCCAACAGCACCAACAUUGAGCCGGCUCGAACUGCGGGGGUUAGUGGUCUUGCCAGGGCCGCCUCAAAGGACACCAUAUCCAAUAAUAGGGAAAAAAUUAAAGGUUGGAUUAAAGAGCAGGCGCAUAAAUUUGUGGAGCGUUAUUUCAGUUCCGAGAACAUGGAUGGAAGCAACCCUGCGCUGAAUGUCCUCCAGAGACUUUGUGCUGCGACUGAACAACUCAACCUCCAGGUGGAUGGUGGAGCUGAGUGCCUUGUAGAAAUCCGUAGCAUAGUCUCAGAGUCAGAUGUUUCAUCGUUUGAAAUCCAGCAUAGUGGAUUUGUGAAGCAGCUGUUGCUUUAUUUGACCUCUAAAAGUGAAAAGGAUGCUGUGAGCAGAGAGAUCAGAUUAAAGAGAUUCCUUCAUGUAUUUUUUUCUUCUCCACUUCCUGGAGAAGAGCCCAUUGGAAGAGUAGAACCAGUGGGCAAUGCCCCUCUGUUGGCGUUAGUUCACAAGAUGAACAACUGCCUCAGUCAGAUGGAACAGUUUCCAGUCAAAGUGCAUGACUUCCCCAGUGGGAACGGGACGGGUGGCAGCUUUUCUCUCAACAGAGGAUCACAGGCUUUAAAAUUUUUCAACACUCAUCAGUUAAAAUGCCAGUUACAAAGACACCCAGACUGUGCCAAUGUGAAGCAGUGGAAGGGCGGACCGGUCAAGAUUGACCCCCUGGCUUUGGUACAAGCUAUCGAGAGAUACCUUGUCGUUAGAGGGUAUGGACGAGUAAGAGAAGAUGAUGAAGACAGUGACGAUGACGGCUCCGACGAGGAAAUUGAUGAGUCUCUGGCUGCUCAGUUCUUAAAUUCAGGAAAUGUAAGACACAGGCUACAGUUUUACAUUGGAGAACAUUUGCUGCCAUAUAACAUGACUGUGUACCAGGCAGUCCGGCAGUUCAGCAUACAGGCUGAAGAUGAGAGGGAAUCCACGGACGAUGAGAGCAAUCCUCUAGGAAGAGCUGGUAUCUGGACGAAAACUCACACAAUCUGGUACAAACCUGUGAGAGAGGAUGAAGAAAGUAAUAAAGACUGUGUUGGUGGUAAAAGAGGAAGAGCCCAAACAGCUCCAACAAAAACGUCCCCUAGAAAUGCAAAAAAGCAUGAUGAGCUAUGGAAUGACGGAGUGUGCCCAUCAGUAUCAAAUCCUCUAGAAGUUUACCUCAUCCCCGCGCCACCUGAAAAUAUCACUUUUGAAGACCCGUCAUUAGACGUGAUUCUUCUUCUAAGAGUGUUACAUGCCAUCAGUCGAUACUGGUACUACUUGUAUGAUAAUGCCAUGUGCAAGGAGAUUAUCCCAACUAGUGAAUUUAUUAACAGUAAGUUGACAGCAAAAGCAAAUAGGCAACUUCAAGAUCCUUUAGUAAUCAUGACAGGAAACAUCCCAACAUGGCUCACUGAACUGGGAAAAACCUGCCCAUUUUUCUUCCCUUUCGAUACCCGGCAAAUGCUUUUUUAUGUAACUGCAUUUGAUCGGGAUCGAGCAAUGCAGAGAUUACUUGAUACCAACCCAGAAAUCAACCAGUCUGAUUCUCAAGAUAGCAGAGUUGCACCUAGAUUGGAUAGAAAAAAACGUACUGUGAACCGAGAGGAGCUGUUGAAACAAGCAGAGUCUGUGAUGCAGGAUCUUGGCAGCUCCCGGGCCAUGUUGGAAAUCCAGUAUGAAAAUGAGGUUGGCACAGGGCUUGGGCCUACACUGGAGUUUUAUGCACUUGUAUCUCAGGAACUACAGAGAGCUGACCUGGGUCUCUGGAGAGGUGAAGAAGUAACUCUUAGCAAUCCAAAAGGAAGCCAAGAAGGGACCAAGUAUAUUCAAAACCUCCAAGGCCUGUUUGCACUUCCCUUUGGUAGAACAGCUAAGCCAGCUCAUAUCGCAAAGGUUAAGAUGAAGUUUCGCUUCUUAGGAAAAUUAAUGGCCAAGGCUAUCAUGGAUUUCAGAUUGGUGGACCUUCCCCUGGGCUUACCUUUUUAUAAGUGGAUGCUCCGGCAAGAAACUUCGCUGACAUCACACGAUUUGUUUGACGUUGACCCGGUUGUAGCCAGAUCCGUGUAUCACCUAGAAGACAUCGUCAGACAGAAGAAAAGACUUGAACAGGAUAAAUCCCAGACCAAAGAGAGUCUGCAGUAUGCAUUGGAAACCCUGACUAUGAACGGUUGCUCAGUGGAAGAUCUAGGGCUGGACUUCACGCUGCCAGGAUUCCCCAACAUCGAGCUGAAGAAGGGCGGCAAGGACAUACCCGUUACCAUCCACAACUUAGAGGAGUAUCUCAGACUGGUUAUAUUCUGGGCACUGAAUGAAGGCGUUUCCAGGCAGUUCGACUCAUUCAGAGAUGGCUUCGAGUCAGUCUUCCCGCUCAGUCACCUGCAGUACUUCUAUCCCGAAGAGCUGGACCAGCUCCUGUGUGGCAGUAAAGCGGACACCUGGGAUGCCAAGACUCUGAUGGAGUGCUGCAGGCCGGACCACGGCUACACGCACGACAGUCGAGCUGUGAAGUUCUUGUUUGAGAUUCUCAGUAGUUUUGAUAAUGAGCAGCAGAGGUUAUUUCUCCAGUUUGUGACAGGUAGCCCGAGAUUGCCUGUUGGAGGCUUCCGGAGUUUGAAUCCACCUCUGACAAUUGUCCGGAAGACAUUCGAAUCCACGGAGAAUCCAGACGACUUCCUGCCCUCUGUAAUGACCUGUGUGAACUAUCUUAAGUUGCCGGACUAUUCGAGCAUCGAGAUCAUGCGGGAGAAGCUGUUGAUGGCGGCAAGGGAAGGGCAGCAGUCGUUCCAUCUGUCCUGAUCACAACGAGGAACGCGGUGUCUGCCUGUUACAGCAAAAGAGAAAAAUCAUGAUUUCUUUUCUAAAUGUAUCACCUGAGUCAAGGAAACAUGUUACGCCUUCUUGUUGUAGGAAAAACAGCUCGCAGAUUAUACAAGAGACACUUGGUUCAUAUUCAUUCAUGGCCCCAUGGACUUAAAGUGAUCAGGCCCUAAAACGUUGUUGUGAUGAGGUUUCUUUAGCAAGUUCUUGUUUAAAUUAUCAUUUAUUUGAUGAGUGAAGUUUUUAACUUGCUUUGCUGUGUGAAAAUUUAAAAAAAAAAAAAAGGAUGUUUUUCCAGGCUGAUACAAUAAAUGUCGCUGUGCAGUUUAA